UAUCUAAGAUUUUUGGUUUUGAAUGCAGUCGUUUAUGUAGUGUGGCUUUUCCUACUUAGUCAAAGAAAAGAGGUCUGAGCGUUGAAGAGAAGAGAACUCGAAUGAUGGAAAUCUUUUUUGAAACAGAACACAUUACAAAACAAACUGUUUUCUUCUCACUUUUUUGGUAUCAGAAAGAUGUAUUUCAAUUAAAGGAUAUUGAGAAAAUUGCUUCGAAAGAAAAAGGAAUAACAUCUAUGUCAGUAAAGGAUAUCUUACAAAGCUUAGUUGAUGAUGGUAUGGUAGACACUGAUAGGAUUGGAACGUCAAAUUAUUUUUGGGCCUUCCCAAGUAAAGCAUUGCACACAAGAAAAUGUAAACUGGAAGAACUGCAGAAUCAGCUUCUGACAGAGGUGCCUGGCCGAACAUAGGAUCAGCUUUCUUACACAGG